GAGGAGAUGGAAGAUUUGAGUGAUCCAGUGGAAAUAGGGCUUCCCUCUGAGAGCAUAUUUGCCACCUACUGACCAUACUGAACUUUUUACAGUGUUGCAACAUAAAAAUUAUGUGAUUGCAAAUAGACUGAACUGCAGAACAACUGAACAACCAGUUGCUAUGACUUGGACUGACCACCAGGGGGCAUGAGCAGAACAUGACGGCCCGUCGGCAGCAGGCAGCAGAGUGCAGAAUAAGGCAGGCGUCAGCCGUGGCGGGAUGGUGGAGCAGAUGGUGAUAUUUGUGCUUCGCAUCUCAGCCUGGUGGCCUGACCUUGACUCCUGAAUUCUGUGAUCCCUCCACAACUGCAAGUCAUUCUCAUACAAAAUUUUGAGUUUACCUAGUUGACAUCUUUGAGAAUUUUGGAACAAUAUGCAAGUUCAAGUCAACAUCAUGUUGUCUUGCUGACUAGCUCUUGUGAUGAGACCAACAUUUUUGUUGCUUGCCCCUACCCUUGUUCUUUCUUGUCUGUUGCUCCUUCUGCAGCUGUCAGUCACACACGUGUAGUCAUGCAAAAGCUGUUUUGUCCUUUUUUAUUUUUCAGGUGAAUGUUGUCAUUUGUUUCUCAGAUAUUCCAAAUUAGUGCUAUGUACCACUCAGUGAUAUAAAACAGUCACUAAUUGUAAAUUUACAUAUGUUUGGGUAAGAAGAGCCUCCAACCAAAAAAGCAAAAACGUAGGGGAUAGGAAUAAAUGCAAGACGAGUGAAGAGGGCAACAAAGAUGAUGUCUAUUGCAAACAAAAUACUUGAUAACAAUGGAACCAAGACCUCUAGGGUGGGCUCCGCCCCGACCUCGCUGGGUUCCCGAGUUCCUGAGUCGUGUGCAUCGGCAGCGGUAGUGACACGUAUUGCCCGGAGGAUGGAGGACACCGGCUUACCCCGUGUGGUUCCCAGCGACCUGUAUCCCCUUGUGCUCGGCUUUCUGCGCGAUAACCAACUCUCAGAGGUGGCCAAGAAGUUCGCCAAGGCAACAGGCACUACCCAGCAGGAUGCCAAUGCCUCUUCCCUCUUGGAGAUCUAUAGCUUCUGGCUCAGUAGAUCCACCAAGGCUCCAAAGCAGAAAUUACAAGCAAAUGUACCUGGACCAGUGACUGAGAAGGCUAAAAAGAAGACUUCAUCCAGUGAUAGCAGUGAAGACAGCAGUGAGGAGGAGAAAGCCCAAGGGCCUCCAGCUAAGGAAGUUUCUGUACCUGCCAAGCGUGCCAGUCUCCCUCAGCAUCCUGGAAAGGCUUCAGGCAAUGCAUCAGAGAGCAGCAGCAGUGAAGAAUCCAGUGAUGAAGAGGAGGAAGAGGAGGACAAAAAGAAAAAGCCUGUCCAGGGAGUUAAGCCCCAAACCAAGGUGGUCAAAACUCCUCCUAAGAAGACCGAGAGCUCUGAUUCUGAUUCUGACUCAAGCUCAGAAGAUGAGGCACCAAAGAGCCAGAAGCCAAAGACAACACCCGUGGCGGCAAAAGCUCAGGCUAAAGCCCCAGCCAAACCAGGCACACCCACUCGAGCAGCACCUAAAGUAGCAAGUGGCAAAGCAGCUAGCAGUAGUAGCAGCAGCAGCAGCAGCAGUAGCAGCAGCGAUGACUCAGAGGAGGAGAAGGCAGCAGCCAUCUCUAAGAAGACUGUGCCUAAAAAGCAAGUAGUGGCCAAGGCUCCAGUGAAAGCUGCCACCCCUACCCAAAACAGUUCCAGCAGUGAGGACUCCUCGAGUGAGGAGGAGGAAGAGGAGCAGAAAAAGCCCAUGAAGAAAAUACCAGGUUCAUAUAGUUCAGUCCCUCCGCCUUCUGCUCCCCCACCCAAAAAGUCCCUGGGAACCCAGGCUCCCAAGAAAGCUGCAGAGAAGAAACAGCCUGAAGAGAGCAGUGAUGACAGCAGUGAUGAAUCUGAUUCAAGCUCUGAAGAAGAAAAGAAGCCGCCAGCUAAGCCAGUCAUCUCUAAAGCAGCCACUAAACUAGCUCCAGCAAAGAAGGCAGCAGAGAGCUCUUCCGACAGCUCAGACUCUGACAGUUCUGAGGAGGAAGCUCCUGCCAAGCCAGCUAGUGCCACCAAAAAUCCCUCAAGUAGGCCAGCUACCACUCCCAAGCAGCCUGCAGCCAAGACAGCCACAGCUCUCAAGCAGCCUGCAGCCAAGACAGCCACAGAUCUCAAGCAGCCUGCAGCUAAGACAGCCACAGCUCUCAAGCAGCCUGCAGCUAAGACAGCCACAGCUCUCAAGCAGCCUGCAGGCAGUGGCCAGAAGCCUUUGAGCAAAAAGGCUGAUAGCAGCACUAGUGAGGAGGAGAGCAGUUCUAGUGAGGAGGAGGAGGAGGACGACGUGGGGAAUGCGAAGAAGACAGUGACCACCCCUAAGGCCAAGGUGAUGGCCAAAGCAGUGCUAUCUGUGCCUGCCAAACAGGCCUCUCAGGAUGGUGGAAAUAGCAGCUCUGAGUCAGACAGCUCUAGCAGUGAGGAAGAGGAGGAAGAUAAGGCAUCUAAACCCCUAGUUAAAAAGAAGCCACAGAAGACAGCAGGAGCUGUAGCCCCUACCAAGCCAACCUCCACAAAGACAAUAAAGGCCAAGAGCAGCAGCAGUUCUUCAGAUGACUCCAGUGAAGAAGAGGAGGAGGAAGAGGAGAAGCCCAAGGGCAAGGGUACUCCUAAACCACAGGCCCUCAAAACCAAUGACACUGUUGCACCGACUACCCAGAAUGGGAAAGCAGAUAGGAACAGCAACAAGCAGGAGGAAGGAAAGACCAAGGCAGCAGUAGCAGUUUCUAAGCCAGGUUUAGGAAAGAAACGAAAGCAGAAUGAGGCUGCCAUGGAGGCAGAGACUCCUCCAGUCAAGAAGAUAAGUCCCCAGACCCCUAACACAUUUCCAAAAAGGAAGAAAGCAGAAAAAAGGGCAUCAUCCCCGUUCCGAAGGAUCAGGGAGGAGGAAAUUGAGGUGGAUGCUCGAGUGGCAGACAACUCCUUUGAUGCCAAGCGAGGUGCAGCCGGAGACUGGGGGGAACGAGCCAAUCAGGUCCUGAAGUUCACCAAAGGCAAAUCCUUCGGGCAUGAGAAGACCAAGAAGAAGUGGGGCAGUUACCUGGGAGGCUCCAUUUCUGUUCAGGUUAAUUCAAUCAAGUUUGACAGCGAGUGACCUGGGGUGAUCCUAGCAAAGCAGGGUUAAUGAUCCAAGAUUACUUUCCCCAGUGGACCUAGGAGCUCUCAGCUCUAUUAGUGGGGAGGUAUUGGUGAGGUCAGCAGCCUGGAAUAGGUCCGAAGACAUUGUAUCUGAACAUCCUCUCUGGUCCUUUUCUGUGUUUGUAGUUUUGUACAGAUUUGUUUGUGAGUGUUGAGUAGCAAGGACAAGAUAAGGGGGAUGUUCUUUGUAAAUAAAAAUUAGUUUUAGCUGUCACAAAAAAAAAGACCUUUAGGGUGGGUUUUAUUAUGUUAAUAAAUCUAUAAUUCAUACAAUGAAGAAAAAUGAGAAAGCUAAUAAGGCUAGUGAGUUGAGGGACACACAGGAAUAAUUAUGAAAAUGACAUAGAACUUGAAAUGUCAAAAUAGAGGAAAUGUGAAGAGAUUUGUAUUUGUGGAUUCUGAAACAGAGAGGGCUAAAUAGUUCUCUUUCUGUAUAUAUAUAAUCUGCCAGCAAGCAUCCCCCAAAUAUGCAAAUUUAAAUUUCAAUCUAGAUGAAAAGUUAUAACAUUCAUUACAAGUAAUGGGUGGUUGAAUAGGUUUAAUAAAUGCUAUGUCUGUAUGAAAAAAGUAUCUGGCAAAAGAAGGAGAUUAUGAAGCUGCUACAGAAUAUCCUGAAUACCUGGAGAAACUGAUGGAGGAAAAUGGCUAUUUGCCAGAACAGGUAUUCAAAGCUGAUGAAAUAGUCCUAUUCUGGAAGUGCGUACUUAUUUGCACAUCUGUUGAAGAUGAGAAAAAGACCAGCAGUUUCAAGCCUAGAAAAGACAAACUAAAAGAUCUGCUUUGUUCCAAUGUUUGUGGUGACUAUUAAACCCAUGUUGCUUCACAGAUUUCAAAUCCUGUAUCCUCUUAUACGAGAAUGUGAUAAACAUUUUUCUGUCUACGAGAAGAGGAAACCAUAAAAUUUGGACUGAGAACCACCCCUUGUACAGUAAACCCUCAAUUUUGUGGACCUUGAUUUAACAGACUUCAAAUUUUACGGACAAAUGUCCUGUUCGUAUGUUAUAUGUGAAAAUUAUCACCCUGUCAAUUUUAAAAUGCUUUAAACCAAGAUUUGCUUAUAGUUAAAUUAACAGGGAUGUUUUGUUAUUAAUUCACUGUCAUUUUUAACAAAUUUUAGCAAAUAGGCCAUAUGUUCAAAAAUACAUUGUAGUAAUUUCACCAACAUAAAUAAAUAUUACAUAUCUACAGCUAUAUUCUACACAUUUAAAUCUAAGAGUCACUUUGGUGAAUAAUAUUCAGUGACUGAUUAGUAUGUGAUCGCACCGCAUCACAUACUGUAAUGGGUUCUGUUGUCAAGUGGCAUGACUUUCUGUAGCAGUUUUUUUUUUAAAUGUAUCUUUAUUGUUGCGAGUAUUACAGAUGCCCCCAUUUGUAGCACUUUUAAUGAGUGAUGGCUGGUUUUCUGAAGUAAGCUAAGCCUUGCCCCAACUGUGUUCAUUUGUUUACUCCUGGUGACUAGUGAAUGUACCCAUAUACUAGAUCUAUUCAGUAUAAAUUUAAAAUUACAAUAAUACAUAUAGAAAAGUUUUCUGUGAAAUUAAACUUUUCAUACAUACUUAGUUUUAAUUACACAAAUGUAUCUACCAGUACUUAAGUAAAAAACAGUUAAACUAAUUUGCCAUUUUUUAAACAAAUGCACUUGGAAAACCUACUUUAUUAUAUAAGACUUUUGGCUUUCAAGGUCACUCCCUCACCCAAAUUAGUCUGUUAUAUCGAGGUCUUACUGUAUUUGUUCUUAAUGUGUUUUGUUCCUGAUGUUAAACAAUAUUUAAACUAAAAUAUAUAUAUCUUAAAUAAAAAGUGUUGCUUAUUCUGGACACUGUUCCCCUUGGCAAAAGUAUAAUAGUAAAUUCUGAUCCUUGUGAUAAGGUCAUCUCCAUCUCCCCCAUUAUCACUACCCUACUUCAAUCCAUGCAUCUGGGAGUAAAAAAUGUUCAUGAUGUGCUAUAUUCAGUGUGUGUUUGACUACCUUGCAGAUCUUAAGAGAGAGACACAAAAACUUACUGUGAAAAAAGCUUGGCAAAAUUUCUGCUUUGUAACACUUAAAAAGUAGAAGAAGCAGUGAGAGUAGUAAAUGAUCGACCCUUAAGGGAGCUUGGCAGAAACUUUGGAAUGAGGUUGUAACUGAUUCUGCAAGUUUCCUUCCAGUGGUAGAAGAAAUCGAAAAUAUUUUAUUGUCUGCAAAACCUUUAGGUGGUAAAGGAUUUAAAGACAUUGAAUUAGGUGAUGUUGCUGAACUGUUAGAUUCUCACUGUUGGAAGAUAUUUGAGAAAAAUUUCAGAGAUGUGGUCACAUUGAAAGUUGAUAAAAGAGGUAGGUUAUUAUGCAGAACUGCAAGAAUGUUGAAGUAGCUAUACUGCAAAUGGAAAUGUCUCCAUGAUUCAGAGGAAAAUCCUUCGGUGGAAUAUUUACUGACCUCCAGGGGAAAAGAGAUCGGUUCAAGUCAUUCAAACCUAUUCCACAAACGGCAGGCAGAAAGGCUGUGCGCAGAAAUGUGAACUCUGGGAUUGAGAAUCUGAUCAGAGCCGAUGAUAUGGUGAUCCAGGUGCCAGAGGAUGAAAGUGGAGAAGACAGAGCUUAUUUAUCUGCAGACAAAAUUUGAUUUUCUCAAUUCUUUCAUCUCACUACUGUGAUGACCAGCAUUUUCAUUAAUGCAUGAUUGUCCUCACCUUGAGAUCAGAGUGAAAUAGGAAUUAAUUGUCCAAUAAUCACUAUUGCUAAUGUAAAUUUAGUAAAAUGUCAUCAAAAUUCACUUUACCUGGUGUUUUAUUUCAGUGAACAAACCAAUUAUCUGAGCUUUAAUAAUACUCCUUUCCUUGAUCAAUUUUUUCCCCCCAAAGCUCAUAAAUUCUUUCAGUACAAAUUCCCUUGCAAUGAGGGUUUUAGGAAUCAAUUCCAGUACCUAGGGAAGGGGCUACUCUACUUGGUUGGACAACUUGAUUUUAUACUCUUGAACCUGAAAUAUAUUGUAAUUCUCUUUAAGCCUAACUUUCUAUCUCAACAAAAUUUAUCCAAACCAUCUCAUUUUAAGUAGUUUGAUAUAAAUUAAUUUGUUUUUCAGCAAUUAUAUAUGUUUGGUCUAGGCGGAGACCUUCUGGACAAAGUCAGGGCUGCGAGGGAAGCCCGGGUCCCGGAUGUCAGAGGGAAGCUAGUGCCAGCAGCCGGGAGAAGGAAGGCCUACCCUUGCACGAACUCCGUACAUUGGUCCUCUGGUGUAUUUAUAAUGGACUAGAGGUCAAGUGUACAAAAUUUGUGCACUGGUAGGGUCCAUAGACCUGGCCGGUGAUCAGGGCCAAUCAGGGCCUUCCUUCCCUGCCUGCCAGAUGCUGGCUGGGGCCUUCCUUCGUUCUGCACUGCCCCCUGGUGGUCAGGACAUGUCAUAGUGAAAGAUUCUAUUCUUAUAUCUGGUCUUCCUAGUGAUUUGAAUAGUUGAAUAUCCUCAAAAAAAAAAAAAAGUAUUGAUACUUCUUCCCUAAAUGUGUUAGAAAUCCAGUAAUUCCCCAAUCCCUGCAGCAUAAAGGUCUGAAUUAUAGCUUAUCUAUAUCUGAGCUUGAAGUGAUCAGAGGAAAGGUAAAAAAAAUAAUACAGACAUUUAAAGGGCUUGCUUGCAUAGUUACAGUUGAAAUGACACAUUCCUUAACAAAUUCAAAAGAGGCAGAUGAGAGUUGGAACAUUUCUUAUAGGUUAUUCUAGAGCUAGUGACUUGUCAUAGUGCCAGAGAAGGUUAUUCUCUUGCUCUAAGCCACAAUUAUUCUUAAUACUUAGUGCAAUUCAAAAAUCUUGAUGGGGAGCUUUGGGGUAAAAAUACAAAUUUUGGGACCUGUUUCUAGGUAUGCUGAAUCAUGAAUUGAGCCAGCAUCUGUAUAGUUUGAAAGUUUCUCAAGUGAUAUUUUUGCAUAGUCAGGAUGGCAAACCACUGUUCUACAUCUAAACAGAAUUAUAAUAGAAAAUAUAAUGCAAAUAGUAUGGGCCCAGUAGUUAGGUAACCUCAAUUUCAAGUUUCUGCUCUGUCACUAGGCAAAUGGACAGUCUUAGUCAAAUCACCUUACUCUUAUGUGCCAAAUGAGAGAAUAGGACCACUUGGUCCCUAAGAUUCUUCUAUCUCUGACAUUGUUAUCUUUAUAGAAAGGUAUCAACAUCAUUGGUUGAUUUUUGUGAGUAACUAAGCCCUUUCAUAUAGACCAAGUAGUAGUGUUACUGUCUUAUGUUCUUGUUAUUUUAAACAUUGUGUUUAUGAUUUAAGCUUUAUCACAUUUUAGUCCCUCCCAGAAAAGAGCAUUAGACAUAGAUGCCAUGGGAAAGAAAAAGAAAAAAGAAAAAAAAGGGAAACAAACAUAGCAUAAACUUCCUAGAAGAAAAGAUAGAGAGUACCUCCUUUGAGUUUCUUUUUAUGAUAAUUACUGUUUUUCUUCUGAGUUACAGGAUUUGGGGAAAAUAAUGAAUAAAUAUUUUGAUUAAUACACUUUAGCAUUUUGUAUUUAUUGCUUUCAUAAGCCAAAACAGAGAACUCUAUAUGGUUACUAUUUCAAGGUUCCAUGGAAUUUGGCAUAGUCUUAAUCAUUUUAAAGUUAAGGCUAGUCCCCAAAAUUGAAAUUUGAUAUUUCUUUUAGUAUCUGUAGAGCUUGAGUGGAAAGAAUCUUUCUGCUGUUGAAUGACUCGGGUAAAAUUUUGUAUUCAAUAUUAUGAAGUGCAUGGAAUUUCCCUCCUUUCCAGACAUAUUUAACAACUGGCAAAAAGACAAAAAAGGGGGUAUGGAGAAAAGGCAGCCCAGGUUACUGAAAUUUGUAUAAAAUGUUAGAAAACUGGCAGUACAUUUGAAAAGAGCCUUUUGUUUGUUUAAAAUAAAAAUACAGAGAAGGCUCUUUAAUCUGAACAUUAGAUUACAUGACUGCCAUUACCUGAAUGCUAAUAAAGGGCUUCUACAUUGUGUAUAGUCUAAAAGAGUGUGAGUCAUGUUUGUGUUGUGAAAUGCAUUGAUCACUGAACUUCACAUAGUAUUAUUACCUUUUAAUGGCCUUUGAAAUCAGUGUAUUCUGGUUGUUUAUCUGAGAAUUUAGAAAUAUGAUGUGCUAUGAACAAAGUGUAUAUGUUCUUGGAAAGAAUA